ACAAGCCCGCCGCUGCGUAAUAGCCAACAAUUAUCGAUCAUCAAAAACGUUCAUCUCGCGAUUCGCGCUCAGUCGAGAUGCAAGCAUGUCGACCUACGGACAGAGCUCCUCACCACGAAUUCGCGAUUAUGCGAAGGAGAGAAAGGCACUACUGGUGGAUCUGCGUAGCGACACCAUUUCGCGACCAUCGCCGGCAAUGAAACGUGCCAUCGCUGAGGCCGAACUUGGGGAUGACGUCUGGUCCGAAGAUCCCACCGUCAUAAAGCUCGAGGAGAAAGCGGCAGAACUGCUUGGCAAAGAAGCUGCUCUCUUCGUUUCUUCCGGCACUAUGGGCAAUUUGAUUUCUGUGUUGAACCAUUGCGACGUGCGUGGUAGCGAGGCCUAUUGCGGCGAAGACUCACACAUUGUCCUUCACGAACAAGGAGGUGCCGCGCAGAUUGGCGGCGUAACGGUCUGCCCGUUACCUAACAACGUCGACGGUACGUUUGAUCUGAGAAAGUUAGAGAACAAAAUCAAAGCCGACCGACAACACGAGCCAAUCAGUAAAUUAGUCGCUGUUGAAAACACCAUCAACGGCAAGGUUGUACCGCAGAAAUGGAUCGACGAAUUAGCCGAGCUAGCCAAAAAGCACCAUCUAAAGAUGCACAUGGACGGUGCGAGAUUGUGGAACGCCUCGGUGGCGUCGGGCUUGCUAGCGAGCAAAAUCGUCGAGAAAUUCGAUUCCGCGACCUUUUGUCUCAGCAAACUCGGUGCACCGGUUGGCUCAGUGCUGUGUGGCAAUCGCGAGUUUAUCGCCAAAGCCAGAAGAGUUAGGAAAGUCCUGGGUGGUGGUAUGAGACAAGUUGGCAUACUCGCUGCGGCUGGGAUCGUGGCGCUGGACGAAAUCGUACCACUGCUGAGGGAUGAUCAUCGACGAGCUUUUCAAAUCGCUAAAACUAUCAACGACAUGAAUUGUAAUACGUUCAACGUUGAUCUGCAAACAACUCACACGAAUAUGGUGUUAAUAAAGGUCACGUCCAAUGAUAACUAUACUGCGUUAGACUUUGUUAAUAGGCUACAGACAGUGAAGGAAGAUGUCGACGACGAUAGAGUUGUCGUUCGAGGAUUAACUUUGACACCUGAACUAGCUAGACUGGUCUGGUACUACGAGAUAACAGACGAGAUGACCGAUGCUGCUGAAAGGAAGAUCAAGUAUGUGAUAAGAGAGUACCAAGCGAAGAGAAAUGAAAAAUAACAGUUUAAUUU